AUGGCGGAACCAUUGACCCGUUCAUCAUCUCAAACUUCUUUUAUCCCAUCUAUUUCCGAGACAAAGCUGUCUCCUCCGCCAAACUUAUCCCCUGAUACUAAUAAUAGCCAACCAUCACCUUCUAAUGCACAGGAACUAUCUUCCUCUACACUACUACACAGUGUACACACUGCUCUCGUUUCACAUCCUACCCUUGGUCCUUCUUCCUUUGACCAUGGAGACUCAAACCUGGGCAAUGAACCUUCAAAAAAUACGCCGCCACAGCAUACCUCGACACGUUCUGCUCAAACACAGUCUCGGCGUUCUAGCGCUCGUCGAUCCAAUUUAACGGAAGCACAAAUGAUUAAGUUGGUACAUUGUUACAUUGCGGCUCGGGUCGAUCUAGCGAAGCAUGAUGAAAAGGGUGCAGUAGAGGCAGACUUUGCAAGGGCGGCUCGGGCUGAAGGUAUCACCGGCACAGAUAAGUCCCUUCUCGUUGAGGUCAAUGCCAUUCUAGAUUAUUACCGAUCUGAGAAUCUUAAAACUGUGGCGGUCAAGGCAAUUAAAGCUGCACUAGGACAUCGAGAAAUUGACGACAGCUUACUUUGGCAACUGUGUGAUAGGGCCUGGAGUAUUCGCGACAUAUACUCAACUAAAUCGGACGAAGAAAAGGAGCGCGCACGUAAAAAGAUGAUUGAGGAUGAGCUUGCUGGAGAAUGCAUCCGUAAUGCGUCACUUCAAACUGCAAUAGCUCGUGGCAUCAUCAAGCCAAAGGCAAGCCCUGUCCGUCAAAUUACUAGCGCUGGAGCAGUCGACCCUCUUACCAACGCUGGAUCCGUUGAGGAUCCUUGCGCUGUAACUGCCGCCCACCUCGCCAAUGUCGGAUCAGUCGAUGUAGUUAAUAGUGGUGGUUCCUCAACGAAUGCCGGUUACAAUGGCGGACCCAUUAAGGCAAACACGACCGUCUCUGUCGAACAGCUCACCGAUGCUGGCUCCAUCGACUGUCUCACCGAUGCUGAUUCAGACGGUCUGAAGAAUGCAGAAUAUGAUGACCAACAUAGUAGUGCAAAGGCUCCCACGAAAGCUAGUUUCAUCGACGCUCUCACGAAUGUUGACACCAAUGGAAGCCUUACAAAUUCUGCCCCGGAGAACACUCUCACGAGCACCAGCAGUCUUGGCACGCUCAUGGACAAGGGCACGACAAGCCAUCUCACCAAUGCUGUUUCAAUCAACCCUCCCACCAACACCAGCUCCGUUAGCCAACUCACGAAUGCCCGCUCUGUGGAACAUCUCACAAACGCUGGCUGCAACAAUACAUCCGGCAAUACUCAAGCGAAGACUAGUUCUGUUGACCGUCACUCUGGUGCAGACUCUGUUGACGCAAAGACCAAUGCUGGUUCCGUUGAUACAAACAGGGAGAAUGAUCAUAGCCGACGCGCCCUAGGAAAGACACGAGGGCUGAAACGGAAGGCUCCUUCUCAAGCAACUGAUCUGGCCGACUCUGAUUCCGAUUUCAAUCCGUCAGAGGAUCCUCUUCUUGCACUUCUUCAAGUUGAACGCCGUGAGACGAAGCGCUUAAGGAAGGAACUUAAUCAGACCUUCAAGCAACUUAAUGAAGCUAUGAAGGCUAACACAGCCACUCACGAGGACGAUCUCGUGACACUGGUGCCGCCUAUGCAUGGUGCGCAGCCACAAGUUCAAACGACUGCACCACCACAAAUCAAGACUCCCUUCGACUGGCAUUCCACAAUUCCUUUUCUCAUGGAUAUAGCGGCGUCAAUCCGCGUACACAUAUGUUUUUCUCGCGCUAUGUUCUUGGCAGCGGAACCGACUACAAAUUCUCGCGUUGGAACGACAAACCCGCGUUCUGUGUCAGGGAAUUGCUAUGCUGCAGACGCUGUUUCGCAAUAUCGUGUCGACAAUUAAUAGGCGACUUCAAUUAAUUGGCAGAGACACUUGCAGAAGGGCUUUGGCAAUUUAGAGUUAAGAUGCCAAGAGUUAUGCAAGUCUCUCAAAAUUGAAGAGCUGGACUUGCAGAGAUCGACAUUUAAUGCCCAUGUCACGUUACUCAUGAUUUUUGUUGGGUUGUAGUCAGACAUUUCUUUAUUUCAAACUCCGACGCGUCUACAAGUGCCAACAAGUGGGUUCGAGCACUUGCAGAAACUUGCAGAGAGUUGCACGGAUUUACAUCUCUAUUUGGUAUAUAUUAAGGUACGUCCACUUUGCUGAGCCACCCCAAAAUUUUCCAACUGUCCUACAAGUGCUCCUGCCAAUUAAUUGAAGUCACCUAUUG